UCAGUUUUCAAUGCGCCAGGAAGUUGCGCAGUAAAAGUAGGUCAAUUAAUUGGAAACAAAAUUGAUCAAGAAUUCUGGAUUAAAAGUUAUAUUUCACAAUAACUGGAUGUAUAAUGGAUUAUCUGAUACCACUGUGAAAAGGAAGACAUAUCUAAGAAUAUCUCUGCCUUCGAAAAAGUACUUAGAAUGUGCAGAUUUUGCCAUAGCAAGUGAACAUUAUUUCUGAAAACUUCAAAACUUUCUCCAAAACACAAGUUUACAGACUCCAUUUCCACAAUAAAAUAUUUAGUUCUUUAAGAGUAAGGACUUGUGUUCAGAAAUCCUUAUGCCCUUUAAUGGGUCAUGCUAUGUGAUACUUUUAGUGAAUUACAUUUUACUCAAUACGUGUACCUUGAAUAGACACUGCACUGCUCAAAAUGGAUGACAUAUUUACAUUGGUUCGAGAGGGCGAUGCCUUUCAAGUGCGCAUGUGGUUGGAUAAUACAGAAAAUGAUCUAAAUCAAGGAGAUGACCACAGAUUCAGUUUGCUCCACUGGGCAGCAAGGGAGGGCAGAUCAAACAUAGUAGAGAUGCUGAUAGCCAGGGGUGCCAGGAUAAAUGCCACCAAUAUGGGGGAUGAUACUGCUCUACAUCUAGCUGCAAGUCAUGGGCACAGGGACAUUGCCCUCACGCUAUUACACAACAAGGCCAACAUUAAUGCUGUGAACGAGCAUGGGAACACCCCCUUGCACUAUGCUUGCUUCUGGAACAAUGAUCUAAUAGCCGAGGAUCUUGUAAACAAUGGUGCAAUAGUUGGGAUCUGCAAUAAGAAUGAUGAGACUUGUCUUGAUAAAGCAAAACGCAACCUUGCAAAAAUGCUGUCAGAAAGGGCGAGUUCAAUGGGGCAGGAUCUUAAGAGGAUGCCAUAUAAAGACAGAAGUUGGUUGGGAUACAAGACUAGAAGUCGUGAUGCCACUCUGUCAAGACAUGCUGGCAUUGACAUUGCCCAACUGAACCUCCAAGUUAGAAUCUCAACAGGCCACUCAGGAGAUAUCUGGAGAGGGGUGUGGCAGGGGAAUGACAUAGUGGCCAAGAUUCUCAACCUGAGGGAGUGCACCAUCAGAAACUCUAGAGACUUCCAGGAAGAAUACCCAAGAUUAAGGAUCUUCAACCAUCCCAAUAUUCUCCCUGUGCUAGGUGCCUGCAACCAGCCUCCAAAUCUAGUUAUCAUCAGCCAGUGUAUGCCAAUGGGAUCCCUCUUCAAUGUUCUUCAUGGGGAAACAGGUAUCGUAGUGGACCAGAAUCAGGCGUUGCGGUUUGCCGUAGAUAUUGCACGUGGAAUGGAAUUUCUUCACUCUCUAGAACCAAUGGUGCCAAACUUCCACCUUACCAGCAAACACGUUUUGAUUGAUGAAGAUCUUGCUAAAAUAAAUGUUGACGAUCCCAAGUACAUAGAGAAGUCAAAAGAUGGCGCUGCUGUCAAUGGGAUGGAUGAGGACUUAACUGCGAGAAUCAACAUGGCUGACUAUAGGUUCUCAUUCCAUGAACGAGGGAAGGAAUAUAACCCUGCAUGGUUGUCACCUGAAGCCCUGCAAAAGUCAGACAAAGAUAUCAAUGUCCGGGCAAGUGCCAUGUGGAGUUAUGCAGUGUUGCUAUGGGAACUAGCAACUCGUGAGGUGCCGUUUGCUGAUAUGUCAUCAAUGGAGAUUGGCAUGAAGGUUGCGCUGGAAGGCCUACGUAUCACUAUCCCACCGGGCAUCUCUGGGCACAUGUUGAAGCUCAUUAAGAUCUGCAUGAAUGAAGAUCCGAGUAAACGACCACGAUUCGAUAUGAUUUUACCAAUCCUUGAACGUAUGAAGGGAUCACAUUAAUGUGAACCUAUGGGUCACAUACAUAUAUAUGACAAACAUCAUGAAUAAAAUGUCACAAUGGCCAUGUUUUGAAUGCAAAAUACAGUGUAAAAGGAGUGGAAUCGGUGAGGAAUAAGGUACCAAUGCAUAAAGGGCACAUCCACUGCAUUACCUUUGAAAUGCCAGAAAAACUGUUCGUUUCUUCAAGUGACAUAUUUUAUUGAGAACAUCAUACCUGCUAAUCCAUGCCUCAUUUAAACAUUAAUGUCAUCUACACAAUUAGCAUUUCACAAUAAAAUAUGUGAGUUGUUGUAUUGUUUCCUAUGAACUUGAAAAACUAUUCAAAAUAUCGAGAGAUAUCCAAUUCAGGAUUUUUGUUCAACUGGGUGUUUUUUUGUCUUAAAAAAUCAUGUUUAAAUCUUCAACUUUAAUCAAGAAUUUCUUCAUUUGAAAGUAUUAUUUGAUCAUUUAGGGUGUAUAAAUCUUUUCAACUGGGCAUACACCUUCGCCAGAGCCUGAACAGGGUGCUCAAAAUGGUUCAGCGGCUGGGUAGAUCAUAGCAUUUACAGAUAAUUUGACUA